UUAAUUAUGAUUUUCCAUUUUAAUGGGCGCCAUCUGGCGUUAGGCAUUUGGGAGAUUUCUUCGUCUGCCAUUGACAGGUUGUUGGGUCAAGAGGACGUCCUCGUCGUUAGAAUUUUUAGAACUGCAUGGUGCUGCUAUUAACCCGGAAUUUGCUUUAGGUGAUUUGUUUGCGGAGGCUGACUCUAUAUCACAAUCACGAUGUCUGUCAAGACUGCAAUGCUGGAUAUACACGUGGACUCCUCCUUAAUGUCUACUUCAGCACAAAGAUCAUCUGUUAUCCAAAGUAUUGAAGAAAUCCUUAAAACUUACUCCCUGAAAAGAUUACAAGAAAUUUUUCUUGAUAGCGGUAAAGAAUCAUUUGUCGUUUUUGGAGCAAGCGAUAAUUGUGUUACCUGUACCCUAAAAACAUAUAAGCGUGGAUUGAUUAGUUUAACAGUGGAAGGAGAUCAAGAUGCUGUUAUAUUUAAUGACAUUAAAUUUGAAGGACUUCGGAAAAAGCUACAAGAACUUUUGGAGAGUCAAGUCGAAAAGUUCAGUCCAUCUUUCUUUGUCAGGAUACCACCGCUAAAGCGAGGAAGUAGAAUUCCAUUAUACCUUACCUCGUCCGAUGAACGUAUUUUAGAAUAUGAUUUCGACCAAGUGGUGUUUGAUGCCAUAUCACCCUACCAACGUGUCCAGAUUCUUCAUUCCCCGACAUUAGGAAAUUGCUUGAUUCUUGAUGAUUUGCAAAAUUUAGGCGAGUGCGAUAUAAACUAUACUCACGGUCUUAUGAAACGUGGUGAUUUGUCUUACUGUAACAAGGAAAUAUUAAUCCUUGGUGGUGGAGAUGGUGGUCUUCUGUAUGAGCUUCUGAAAGAGAAACCAAAAUUUAUAACCAUGGUUGAUAUUGAUAAAGUUGUGAUAGAUGCAUGUAAAAAAUAUUUACGUGGUGCAUGUGGUGAUGCCCUUGAUCAAUUGAAAGGUGAAAAUUAUGAGGUUAUUGUUGACGACUGUAUCAAAAUUAUGCGAGAGUACAAACAGAAGGGAAAGAAAUUUGAUUACGUUAUUAAUGAUCUCACAGAUAUUCCUAUUGCUACAUCGCCACAAGGAGAAUUGUGGCAGUUUAUUCAUACUAUUGUUAGUAUGGCAUUUGAAUUGUUGCAACCCAAUGGCAGAUACUUAAAUCAUGCAAUUGGCGACGUGUGUAAAGAAGCAUUAACAAAAUACGAAGAAUUGUUAAAAAGUCUUCCAUAUAAAGUACAGUUUAAAAAUCACAGUGCUUAUGUACCAUCAUUUAUGGAGAACUGGGUGUUUUAUGAAGUUUGGAGAGCAAAUUAGAAGAUAUCAUAAACUAUUUUCCCAUUUCAAAUUUUAUGAAAAUUUUGUCUCCCGAAAUCUCGAAGUAUUUUAAAAUCUAAUUUAGUCAUUUUUAAAAGUCACUUAAGUAUUACUCGGCCAGUAAUCGAAUGAAUUCUGUAAUCGUGCCACUUGUUGUAUCGCGGGAUCUUGACAAUAUAUCGAUUGUGAUCGCA